CUACCCAGGAUCGGCCAGGUUGCCUGUUGCAUCCACAAGACUCUCUCUUCAUCAUGGUGGGCAUAACCCUCAGGAGUUUUGCUGAAGGCAACGAAUCCGGACCUACCGUCGUCUUUGUGCACGGUUGGCCCGAUGACCACACUCUCUGGGACGCACAGGUUGCUCAUCUCAAAGACAGGUACCGCUGCGUCACCACGGACCUUCCGGGCUUCAGCGGCGAUGAGGACGGGGACGGCGGUACCGCCAGCAGCAGCAAGUGGGGCUACUCGUUCGAGGAGGUGGCCAAGCGUCUGGAGAGGACGAUCGAGGACGUCGGGAAAGGGAAACCCGUCUUCGUCGUCGCUCACGACUGGGGCUGCUUUUACGCCUUCAUGCUAGAGAAAAAUCGCCCCGAUCUGGUCAAGAAGUUGGUGGCGCUGGACGUGGGAGGAGGACUGAGUUUCUGGCCGUCUUUGAGCCUCUUGUCGAUCGCGCUGUACCAGACGUAUCUCAUGGUCGCCUUCCUGAUUGGCGGGCGCAUCGGCGACGCAAUGGCCAGGGGGUUUGCUCGCCUAGCGGGCGCCCCCGCCGCUUCCACUGUCGCGAGGGCGAGUGUCUGCUACCCGUACAUCCACUUCUGGAAGUCACAGAUCCAAACUUGCUUGGGCAUGGGGCCCUUCAUGCCGCGGUGCCCCGUUCUGUUCAUGUACGGGUCGGCAGGCAUGAAGAAAUUGAUGAGGUUCCACGCUGACUGGUGGGUGGACAAGAUCAGCAAGCGAAAGGGCUCGUCUGUCGUGGAAGUGACGGAGGCUUCGCACUGGCUGAUGCGAGGCCGGGGGGGCGACGUCGUGAACGCCCGACUGGACACGUUCUUCGCCGAGGGGUGAUUGUUUUGGCGACACAUCCAUCCGCGGAGGCACCAUGACGGCCGGUCUGCCGAAUCACUGACGACACAAACGUGAUCCUUGUUAAGCAUGCAUGCAAAAAUGGUGUUGGUAACACACGAGGAUACGAAUCUGAACCAAUAGGAACGGUGACUGAAACGCAUUGAUUUUCGCGAGUGGGGCAAGUUUGUGCAUGUACAUAUAUGGGGCAAGCAAGAGAGAGGUAGUUCCGCGCCUUUUGCAAGGUGUACUGUACGGGGAUGAUACCAGUUGCCUUGAAAACGGGACUCGACUGUGCUUGGAGAGGGGGGUGGGGGAAUACACGAAUCAAUCGAACGUGAUAAAAACCUUCUGGGGGGUUUCACGGCACAGAAGAAGUAUCGGCUCUUAUAUUUUUUGAAAUGUUUUCCUCGAAUCAAAACCAACCUUGGUGAGAAUGCAGGCGUUACCCAUAGUCUAAUCCUGCAAAUAGUGUUCAUUGUAGAGCGGAGAGCAACAACGUAGUUGCUCUUAAAACUAGUGGCAUGUGCUGAAGCAAAGCGCGUUCUUGUAUUUGAGUUGAUGGACAAUCGCAUUUGCUUCCCAGUAUCACUAAAACCCAACCGCGCUUCCUCGUCGGAUCCAAACUGAGAAUACAUUUUCGGUAGCUGACUGCAUGUGACGUGGUAACCUUUGGGGUGAUAAUUCGCGAUGUUGCUAAUUUGCAGCAUGCGCGGAGGGUAUCGGUUGAAUUGAAGUUAGUCACUUGAGAGCAGAGAGUGCAUGGCAAAUGAUGGAUUCAGACUUGACCUUUGUGUUGGAGAUAGAUGGCUCCAACAGGCUGCCACUGUUCGAGAACCACCCCAAAACGGACCGUACGCACGGUAGCCCUU